GUGUGGGUCCUAGUAUGGUUCCAUCUCAACAUGUAAUAGUAUCUGUAAUGUCGUAAACAAGAUUUUGUAAUGACCCAAAUCCAAAAAUUCAACAUUAGAGAAAGAAGGCUCCUAGAUGUGGUGCCUGUUUUCUUCUUCCCCUUUUUAUUCUUCUGUACGCCCCUCUUUCCCCUUCUCAAUUUCACCUAAUAUCUUUCCGAUUUUGGUUCAAGAUUGAUUCUUUACAUAUUCAUUGAGAGAGAGAGAGAGAGAGAGAGAGAGAUUCUUAAACCAUUCAUUGGCAUAUUGCGAGUGUGUGUUUGUUUGAGAGAGAGGAGAGGGAGAGAGAGGGGGGAGAGAGAGAGAGAGGGAAUUUCAUUGAUAGUGAGUGUGUUUCUGGGGUGUUCUGAAAAUGGGUAAUUCAUUUGGGUGCUCAGCUUCUGGAGAAAGACUGAUCUCAGCAGCUAGAGAUGGUGAUUUUGUUGAAGCCAAGAUGCUUCUUGAUUGCAAUCCUUGUCUUGCUAAAUACUCCACCUUUGGGGGCCUCAACUCUCCCCUUCACUUUGCUUCUGCUAAAGGCCACAAUGAGAUUGUUGCAUUGUUAAUUGAGAAUGGUGCUGAUGUGAAUUCAAGAAAUUAUUGUGGCCAGACAGCAUUGAUGCAAGCUUGUAGAUAUGGGCACUGGGAAGUUGUUCAAACUCUUCUUUUGUUCAGAUGUAAAGUUACAAGAGGGGACUAUCUUAGUGGGAGGACUGCUCUCCAUUUUGCAGCCGUCAAUGGGCAUGUUAGAUGUUUGAGACUGGUGGUAGCUGAUUUUGUUCCGAGUUCCCCUUAUGAUUCUAUAAAUGGUCAAGCUAAUGGCGGUGAUGCUUCCAACUGCAGAAACAAACCUGAUCAGAGCGCCUUGACAAAGUUUGUAAAUAAGGCUGCUGAUGGUGGUAUCACUGCUCUUCACAUGGCUGCACUGAAUGGCUAUUUCGAUUGUGUUCAGCUACUGUUAAAUUUCCAGGCGAAUGUUUCAGCCGUCACAUUUGAUUAUGGAACGUCAAUGGAUAUGAUAGGAGCAGGGAGCACCCCCUUGCAUUAUGCGGCUUGUGGGGGAAACUUGAAAUGUUGUCAGAUCCUCCUUGCAAAUGGUGCUAGUCGUUCAAUGCUAAAUUGCCACGGGUGCCUCCCACUUGAUGUUGCUAAGACAUGGGGACGUCAUUGGCUCGAACCACUGUUAACGCCUAAUUCUGAGUUGACAGUUCCAGUGUUCACCCCUUCAAAUUAUUUGUCAUUGCCACUCAUGAGUAUUCUUAACAUAGCAAGAGAGUUUGGUCUGCAGUCUUCAGCAACUACUGAUGAUACUGACAAUUGUGCUGUUUGCUUGGAGAGGCCAUGUACUGUAGCUGCUGAAGGCUGCAGGCAUGAACUUUGUGUAAGAUGUGCACUUUAUCUUUGCUCCACAAGCAAUAUUGGUUCUGAACUAUUAGGUCCUCCUGGCUCCAUCCCAUGUCCUCUUUGUCGACACGGUAUCAUCUCUUUUACUAAAUUGCCGGGUUCUCAAGCAAAAGAAAUUAAACUAAACAUGUCUCUCGGCCUAUGUACCCCGUGCAUGAUACACACCCGAGAAUCAAAUCAUUUGACACCAGCUUGCACCCCUGAAAUUCGAAAGAAUCGUGUAGCUUCGGUAUCUUCAGAUAUAUUUUGUCCAGUUACCUGUAGCCCGUUUCCUUCGGUUGCAAUUCCUAUGUGCACCUGCAAUGAUGGAUCAUGCCCAUCUUUUGAACCUAGAGAAGGUGCAACCGAAGAUGAAUCUUCUCGCUCACAAUCUCCAUCUGUAGACGAAGAUAAGAUGUUAACAGUGAGACCAGAGAGAACUAGUUGCUCAAAAAUGUUUUGGAGCAGAAGAAGCUGUAGCAGGGAGCAACAAUGCAAUUCUGAAAUAAACUCUUGACUAUCAUAGCACAACACCUUCCAAUUGUUUUUCUAGCCUAACUGAUUACAUUAUUUGAAGAGGCAGAGCAAGUGUUUCUAUGUUUGAUGAGCUCUUGUUUUCUCGGCUCAGCUUUCUGGCGAACACUUUGCAUGGGAAAAAGUUUAGAGAUCCAGCUUUGGGUUUGCCUGGUCCCCUCAUAGCAUAUUUGAGCAAGGGUUUCCAAAACUUCUACUGCAGGUAAGUUAUUGAAGGAUUGAAAAUAUAAUGUUAUCACAUUGCUGACGACGUAGUAGUUCCUAUAACAGUUGUAACUUGUAUCGUAUUGAAGCCCAGUAUUAGAAGCGGGUAGAUGACUGAGUAAUUUUAACCGAGUCUUCUUGAUUAUGGUCAUUCUGACCAAUUCUGGCGCCAAGAAUCUCUGUGGUGUAUAUGUAUUAUUGGGAAUUUUGUGUUAAUAGUUAUGAUUGCUCGUUUGCUGUGAGAGAAUACACUUCUAAAUUUACUACUA